GUGCAGGCGAGUUGGAGGAGACUGAGCAUGUGGCGCUUACCUGUGAUGGUUGGACCAAUGUAGCCCAAGAUCACUACAUUGCAGUCACUGUCCACUUUGCUAAGGGAGGUCAGCUGCAAGAAAGGGUUCUCCACACUAAAGCUGUAUGAGGCCCAGACAGGAGAAUUUGUGGCAGAAGAGAUUCAUCACAUAAUGGCAGAGUUUAAUAUUUAGGGAAAGGUGGUAGCAUUAACAGUCGACAAUGCUGCAAAUAUGGGUGUGGCUGCUAGUAGGUUGAAGGUGGUCAAGAUAGGCUGCUUUGCUCAUUCUCUUAACCUUGCUGCCCAAAAGUUGUACACUGAACCAACAGUGUCGAAGUGGGCAGCAAGAAUCCAGGCAGUGGUUGUGUGGCUGAGGAAGGCGAGCUUAGCCAAGCCAGUUAUGAAGGAGAAACAACGCCUCUUAAAUCUCCCACAGCAUGCAAUGGUGCUUGAUAUGAGAACCAGGUGGAAUACACUCUACCUCAUGAUUGAACAGUUUGUAGAGCAGUAUUCAGCCAUUCAGGCAGCAUCUUUGGACCCCAGGCUCAGGAUGUCAAUGGAAAGGGACAGGCUGGAGAGAAUUACAGACCAGGACUUCAGGCGUGCAGAGGAGUUCGUGAGAGUGAUGAGAAUCUUCUACACUUCAACACUCUAUGUAUCCUCAGAAAGGACUCCAGCAUGUGGCCAAAUUCUGCCCAUCCUGCAGAAGCUUGAGGGCCACUUAAAAGUUCAGGAUGCAGACUCCACCUUUACUGCUGCCAUUAAGAAAAGGGUGUGGGAUGACCUUUCAAAGCGUUACACGGAUGAAAACAUCAGGAUGUUCCUGGAAGAGGCCACAUCACUCAACCCCAGGCUUAAGACCAAAAUCCUGGAUGCUGCCGUUUGGUCUAGGUUGAAAGAGAAGGCGUGUGGCGAAAACUCUGAACAGCAUGCACUGGAAAUCGAUGAAGAUGGAGAGGACCAACUGGACGAGGGGAUGGAGGAGGAAGAAGAGGAUGAAGAGGCUGCAUCUAUGGAGAAUACAACACAUACUGCUGUGACUACGAGCCACUCCAUGUCUGACUCUGCACUGGGGAAGCUGUUCGCUGAGGAGGACCUGGCCCUUAAAACCAACCAGGCAGCGUCACUCCUUGACCAGUCAGAGAAGGCGUGGAAGGAGCUUGAACUCUACAGAGUUCUACCUAUGUUGGUGUAUGAUCGCCUGACACUUCUUAAUAUCCGUGAUUCUUUGGAAAAACGGCCAAUCUGCGGCUCUGAUGGACAUUCAAAGAUACCGCCACCGUUUCUGGCGUCCAUACCCCCACAACUACGGCGUCUUUCCUGCUGGCUGUCUCGAAACAGUCGCCGCAGAAGACGUGGAAAGCGAGGUGGAGUCCUCAUUAAACUGAAGUCUUACCUGGCUUCUUCCUGCCACGAUCCCUGUCGUUUACUAGCCGGAUCCUCCGCGGACUAUAGGGGCUACGAUCUGCGGAGCUCCAAGGAGUACAGAUAUCGGUGGCUCCGACCGGUUUUCCAGGACACCGGAGCGCCGCUCCCGUGUUGUCGGCUAGUGCGGACCUCCCAGCGGGGCUGCGUGCCGGGGAAUCUUCGCUCGCUCACCCGCUCCUCUCUCCAGACGGGCCAAUGCUCAGUUCAUACGGCGCUGAUUAACACCAGAUCUCUUACAAAUAAGACACUUAUUUUGAAUGACUUCUUCACAACAUAUGAUCUGGACUUCCUCCUGCUGACAGAGACCUGGCUGAAACCAGGUGAGAACAGCGCCUUUUCGGAGCUCCUCCCUCCCGGCUGUUCCUUCUUCAGCACUCCGCGAGCUGCCGGCCGUGGUGGCGGUCUGGCUGCUAUAUUCAAGGAGAGCUUCAGAUGCCUUUGA